CCUAACUGGUGUUGGGGCUUGGCCUGGGGCUGCUGCAGUUGCAGCUGCAGUGAUUCAUCCGUUAGAUCAUCGUGCCAACUAAUCACCACCUUCACCUCUACAUUUUCGUCUACCCCUCAGGCAGUAUCUACUCAGAACGAGGCAUGUCAGCAGCAGCAGCAGAAGCAGCAGCAGCAGCGGACGCAGCACUAGAGCAAUAAUCCAAGACGGAGAGGAGCAGUCACAGCGUCCAGUUCCAGUCCAAGACCAUCCAUACAGCUGCAUUCCAGCAGGAUCCAGCAGCCAUCCAUUGCACGGUGCCAGCGUAUACCCCAGGCAGGCAUGAAUUCAAAUUCCUGCAGCGACAGCAGCAACGAUUCGAUGGCCAAUCCGUUGCAAAUGAACUUUGGGCAGCCGCAGCUGCAGUCGCUACAGCAGGAGCGCUACGUGUGGGAAAUGCGAACGCGCAGUCCUAAUGUGACGCCCGCCAGCACAGUACUCAACUCCCCGGACCUGAAUGCCGAGCUGCCGUACGCACCGCUGCAGGGCCAGUCGCCGGGACAGAUGUCUAUGGGCUAUGGGGAAACCGGCGGACAGAUGGCCUCCUCCUACUACUACCAGCGGCCGCAUCUCCAUCAGAUCCGUGUCGGACGUAGUCCGGGCAGCCAGUUCGAUGCCCACGAAUCCCUGCCGCAGGGUCGUGCCAGUCCCGGGUCGCCAACGGACGUGGGCAAGGCCGAUGGCCAGUGCCUGAGGGAUGGGGAGAUAGUCGUCUUUGACGACAUUGACACCAACUGGAUGAACAAGGCCGCCCCGGUGAUGCGCUCAGACAGCCAGGAGGAUAUCCUGAAGGUGACCAAAAUGAUUGGCCAGCUGCCCAUAGCCGAGUACGAGGGAUCGCCGCGUCGAUUUGGCAACCAACCGGCGGCCGGCUCACGCAAGCGUCCCCCGGGUUUUCCACAGCGCGUCUCGCCCACAGCGAGCGGCGUCGGUGGCGGCGGUGGCAGCGGCAGCGGCAGCAGCAACCACAAUGUGGCCGGCAAGGCAUCGUCGGGCAAUCUGAUAGAUCUGAUCGAUCACGAGGAGGACGGCAGGACGGCGGCAGCAAGAGAGAAAACACCAGCAUUCGAUUACUUGUAUGAGUUCUCGGAAACGCGCAAGGUUCUGGAGGAGUUCUUCAAGGCCAAUCCCGACGAUGAGAAACGUUUCGCGGACUACACCACAGAGAGCGGCGAUGAUGUGCCCAAUUCGCAGCAGCAGCAGCAGCAGGAACAUCCGGCAACGACACCGAUGGAGCAGGCAUACAUUGGCCAGCGCCUGGCUAGGAUACCCAAAGAGGAGCUUUACAUGGUUCAUCGUUCGCCCAGCAAGAAGCAGGCGAUCCAAAACAUUCCUUUGCUUCCACAGCAGCCCCCCAGUGAACACAACAACGUCAGUGUACCGACUGUGUAUCAGGAGCAGCACAACGAUAUCGAGCUGUAUAUCGAUUCGAAUAGCCGCAGCAGCGGCGAUCUGGCGGACACCGAACUGGAGGCGAAUCUGCGCAGACAUUCGCGCAACUUUACCCUCUCGCCGGAGACGACGGACUACGAUUCGAACUGCGGCGAUCUAGAUAGCCUGUCCAAUGACAUCAACUGCCCCACAGACUACGGCAAGCUGUACACGAGCAUGCCCGUGCUGGAGGACGGCCUCAGCAGUGGCCAUGCCUCCGAUACGGAGAACAAUGUAUCUGUUGUCUGUGACAAGCAGGCACAACAGCCACAGCCACAGCAGCAGCAGCAACCGACCGUCCACGAGCACAAUGGCAACGCAAAUGGCAAUGGCACUGCUGUAAAUGGUGAGCGAUUGGAGAACGAAUACAACAACAGUGCCAGCCUGGCGACUGUCACUACCGAUGCCUCACAAUCGGCGCUGAUAAGUGACUUUGCCUCGCUGCCGAUGCCGAUGCCACCGCCACUGCCACUGCCACUUCCCUGCACACCGCCGCAGAUUGAACUGCCAGACACGGACACCCUCGAGCACGAGCCCAUGCAAGCCGAACAGGCCACAGCGGCUGCAGCGGAUUGCGGCGAUUGCUGCCCCAUGGAGCAAUCCCACUAUGGAGCAGUCUACGCAGCAGCGGCAUCCGCAGGGAAUGCCGUCCAGCAGCCGGCCACAGCGGCAGUGGAGAUCCAGGAGGCCAUGAAGGAGAUACGCACGGCCUUGCAGCGCGCCAAGACGCAGCCGGACAAGCUCAAGUUCUGUGACGAAGUCCUGCCAACCGAACCGGAGUCCCCCGUGUGGGUGCCACGCAAAUGCGGUGCGGCGGCCACAGCAACGCCGGCCACAGCUGUGCCGGAGGAGGAGCCUGAUACCGAUCUGGAAACGGAUCGCUUGUUGGGCCAGCAGCGGCACGAGGAGCAGGACUUUUUCUCCGAUCAGCCUCGGGCCCCAGAUAGCAAUGCCAACGAGGGAACGGAAAUAGCCAGCAGCAAUGGACAUCUCAACGGCGGUUGCAUUGACAACAACAAUCCCAAGCCGCAGACCUAUUCGACGGCCACAAUUCGGCAGGGUAUCGGCACCUCCCUGACGCCCAAUUCGCCGGACAUUUGCCAGAUUGUGGGCACGGCGGACAUCACGAUCAGCGGGUCCCCGGAGAAGCUGCAGUUCACCAAGAGUCCGACGGGAUCCAUCAAGUCGUUAAAGGACUCGGCCAAUAGCGACAAGAAAGCCAAGUCGCGGAACAAGGAGGGUCUAUUGGAACCCAAAGUUCUCAUUGAGGGCGUACUCUUCCGCGCCAAGUAUCUGGGAUCGACGCAGCUCGUAUGCGAGGGCCAGCCGACCAAGUCGACGCGAAUGAUGCAGGCCGAAGAGGCUGUGUCCCGGAUCAAGGCUUUGGCACCCGAGGGCGAGAGCCAGCCUAGCACGGAGGUGGAUCUGUUCAUAUCAACCGAAAAGAUAAUGGUGCUAAACACAGACCUCAAGGAGAUCAUGAUGGACCAUGCCCUGCGCACCAUUUCCUACAUAGCCGACAUCGGGGAUCUGGUGGUGCUGAUGGCCCGUCGCCGGUUCGUGCCCAACAGUUUGGGUGAUCCGAAUCCCAGCCCCGGUCCAAAUCCGCUGGGAAUUGAUGCCUCCAAUCCUACGCUGGCGGCGGCGGCCAUCGAGGCAGCAGACUCCUCGCCACCAAAGGAGCCCGCCCAGGUGCUGCACAAUAAGCACAAUCGGACUCCGAAGAUGAUCUGCCAUGUGUUCGAGAGCGAUGAGGCGCAGUUCAUUGCGCAGUCGAUUGGCCAGGCCUUCCAGGUGGCCUACAUGGAGUUCCUCAAGGCCAAUGGCAUCGAGAACGAGAACCUGGCCAAGGAGAUGGACUACCAGGAGGUGCUCAACAGUCAGGAGAUCUUUGGCGACGAGCUGGAGAUAUUCGCCAAGAAGGAGCUCCAGAAGGAGGUUGUCGUCCCCAAAGCCAAGGGCGAAAUCCUUGGUGUUGUCAUCGUCGAAUCCGGCUGGGGCUCGAUGCUGCCGACGGUCGUGAUUGCCAACCUAAUGUCCACCGGGGCUGCCGCCCGUUGCGGCCAGCUGAACAUUGGCGACCAGCUGAUAGCCAUCAAUGGCAUGAGCCUGGUCGGUCUGCCGCUCUCCACCUGCCAGAGCUACAUACGCAAUGCCAAGAAUCAAACUGCCGUCAAGUUCACCGUUGUGCCCUGUCCCCCCGUCGUCGAGGUGAAGAUACUGCGCCCCAAGGCCCUGUUCCAGUUGGGUUUCAGUGUCCAGAAUGGCGUGAUCUGCAGUCUGCUGCGCGGAGGAAUCGCCGAGCGCGGCGGUGUCCGGGUGGGUCACCGCAUCAUCGAGAUCAACAAUCAGAGUGUGGUGGCCGUACCCCACGAUACCAUUGUCAAGCUCUUGUCAUCCUCUGUAGGCGAGAUCCUGAUGAAGACGAUGCCCACGUCCAUGUUUCGUUUGCUCACUGGCCAGGAGACGCCUAUCUAUAUAUAAAAAAUAUGUAUCUGCUCACACACGACCCCCCGCACUCCGUUGGAAGCACUGCACCACUGUAAAUCGACAGGUCUCUAAAUGCACUCGAUUUCUCUUCAAUUGGAACACCUAUCAAUCAUCAGCUUUAUAUCGAGCCGUCUGUGUGGAAUCGAUGCGGAAUCGAACAGUUGUCACGCGACAAUAACUGCACCUAGAAUCGAUCCGGGCUCUAACUGGAUGAGCCUCAAAAUUGAUCAACUUUAAGUCGAGCAGCUUUAAAACAAAACCAUGCAUUGUUAUCGAUAAACGGUUAAUCGAUUUGUAGCCUGCCAAUCAACGAAAGCAAUUAAACGCCAAAUCCCGACA